UGAUUAAAUUUAUAUACCUUUACUUUAUAUAAGUGGUCUCCUAUAAUUACUUUAUAAAACAAUUAUUUUGAUGAAGCAUAUGCCUAUCUAUUAGACGCAUGCAACUUAUAAACAUGUACAUUACAUGCAUGACAUUUUUAGACAGGUUGAAAUGUUUUAUCAUUCAUCCCCUUUUUGAUAACGACUUAUGGUUUUGGAAGGAACAGUCCGUUCUCUGUUUAGGAAUUGGUCGCUUUUGCACCCCUGGAACUAUUGGCCAGAUAAGAUGGAAGAUCCUGAAUCAAAAAGAAGGUGAAAGGAAGAUAUAAAACAGCUCUCCGAAAACAGUUCCGACAUUUCUAAUCUUUCGGAGGAUGUCUGAGAUCUGUGGAAUUUAAGUCAUUAAACGACAGCAACAGAGCGGAUUCUGUAAAAAUUCCCAGCAUCGUCUGACUGCGCGACAUGUCUAAAACGAAGGCACGUUAAGGGGGCACUUUCCCCCUGUCUAAUUGAGGUGUUUUAAAAAGAUUGUUGAAGUACAAUGAUGGCUUACACGUAUGCUCGAAUUUACGCGCAUGCGUAAGUGUCUUAACUUGUUUUUUUGCUUGUCGAUGUGUAUUUGAACACAUUUAUUGGAUUAAGACUACAAGUUUUGACAUCUUUUUCCUCGAGUCAGUGUAAAGUGCCAUUUUCACUUUAAGAAGAAAUAAACAUUUCAUUGCCUAUGAGAGAAAAGAAUAUUUCAUACUCGUACAGCAAUCACUUGAGCGCUAAAAGCGGAUUGACAGAAGUUAGAAAACACGAGAAAUUUCAGAUGCGUGCGUCCUAUUGAAAUGCUGACAGAUUCUUCAUUGUGAUUUAUAUUUGAAAAUUCUAUCAGAAGCGAGGCACAGUAUUCGUUUUGUUUUCCAAGACCUUUUCUACUGCUGUGUGAGCUUCUCCAAACAGCGGAUAUAUUGACUUGUUAAGUCGUCUAAUUGUCAUUCCAUGUGACAAAAAUUUUCAAGUUCUAUACUACACACACUGAAUCCAGAAUGAGUUGUAGAUUUCAGCUGAUGAACCACGAUGUCCCCCUCUUCAAAGUGUUGUCGUGUACGUUUUGUUAUGUUUACAUGUUUAACUCGAGCUCAGACUCGUCUUUCACGCCGCUUCGACUGGGGUUUACAGCGACCGGACCUGUCCUAAAAGCUGACCCAAAGUCGGACGACAAAUCGUCAUACCGUAAGGGAUCUAUUUUCAAGGCGGACUUAGAUAAUAGUUCCAUGGUGGAACAUAUAUGUGAACCUCUGAGUAAGAAUGAUUGUAAAAGGUGGACAACUUGUUGUCAUGCAGCAGCACAAUGUUGUCAACGACAACAAAGUCAACCUGUGGCGUCACAGAACUGGUCUCACUGCCCCAGGACCUGGGAUGGAUAUGGUUGCUUUGACGACACCUCGUCAGGGAAUACGGCGUACGUCACGUGUCCUUCAUAUGUAGAGCAUGCCAGCGAUCAAGAAAAUGCAUACAAAGUGUGUUGGCCAAACGGGACAUGGUUUGUCCACCCACAGACAAAUCAACAAUGGACAAACUACAGCACUUGUGUACACGGUAAACUCAAGAGCCAGAUGGUACUGAUAUACCUGGGCUUGGGCUGUAACCUGAUUAGUUUGUCUCUGCUGAUACCGUCUUGUAUAAUAUUUGUUGGAUUUAGACAGCUUCGUGUUCAGCAGAGAGUUCGUCUCCACAUCUGUUUCUUUUCCUCUUUCAUUGCCACCGCUUUCAUUGCCAUCCUGUGGGAUUUCAUCGUCGUCUCCGAUAGGGUGCACAGCGCAAACGGUGGAAGCAUCAUAGAGCAAAAUACGGGAGGGUGUAAGUUUUUGUACGUUCUGAAGCGAUACACCCAGUCCGCUAACUAUUUCUGGAUGUUCUGUGAAGGAUUCUAUCUGCAUAGGUUGAUCGCUCGAGCAUUUGAGAUCCCAAAAUCUCUAGUCGUAUACUACAUCAUUGGAACUGGUGUGCCUUGGAUUCCAGUUAUUGUCUACUCCAUUAUCAAAGCUAGCGUGUCCGAGUACGACCAAAAGUGUUGGGUGAAUAAUAUCAAUGGAUUUGAGUGGCUGAUCUAUACGCCAAACCUGCUAUGUCUCUUUGCGAAUGUUUUCUUUCUGGGGAAUAUUUUGUACAUCCUCUUGACCCAGCUACAGUCGCAUCCAAACGAGCCGAGUGGAUACAGGCGAGCUUUAAAGGCCACUUUUGUCCUCAUUCCACUGUUUGGUAUUCAGUGGGGGCCUGUCAUAUACAGACCAGCCAAUGCCCUGUGGUACGAAGUGCUUCGUAUUAUAAUACAACAUACACAGGGUGCAUUUGUGUCCUUGAUAUUCUGCAUCUUCAAUGGAGAGGUACAUGGACAUCUGAAAAACUGUUUCAGUCGGAUAUCUGGCAGACCAUUAUACCGGCCUCGUCGAGAAUUAAGUACCACUUCCGGAACUGUUUAUACGCAGGUGCGAACUUCGACAGCGAUCGACUUCAACCGUGACUCGUACAUUCGUGAUUCAUUCAACCGUGACUCUCUGAAUAGGGAAGAUUCAUUAGCUAAUGGUAGACAUGAGACACUUCCGUUGAAUCUCAGCGAAGAAUCAUUUGCUGGUGAAAAACAAGAAAAUGGUCACUUAAUGGAAUCUGAAGUAAAGUAAAGAAAACCGAAUGGAUUGCUCCAUAAAAUGAUUACAGGAAGACCUGACGAUACCGGAAAUGCUUGAACAGUAUCAUUCUGAUAACAAUUCCUAGGUGUUCGAAUGUUGGAGGUUUUGAUUUUUUACUCAACACUGUGAUUGAAUUAGCUUUUCAUUGUAUUUCUACAAAGUUUUCACAACGACAAGACUGUGUUAGCACCAUGACAGCAUUGUUUACAUGAUAUUUACAGAGUAUUUAAAUAACCCAUUAAUUUCAUUAUAUAUUUGUAAAGAACCAUUACGAACAUGAAAUGAUAUAUACGACAAAGCCCGACUCAACUAGACUCUCUUUUUUUUUUUUUUUGAGUUACGUAACCCAUUAUUAAUUCAUAAUGACGUCAAACUAUCUCAAAAGUAGAUUAUUAACAUUUGUGUUUCAUAGGUGUCAACUUUUACAUCCUUCCUCAAUCCAUUGAAAAAACUCGUGUAAUGUUUUAAAAAUGAUACAGUUACAUGCUCUAUUACAUGUUUACAUCAAAAUAUGAUAAAUAGAUGUUUACAUUUAAUGUCAAUAUCAUUCCUCUCAUAAUGGAGGCAUGUGAUGCUCAUAGAACUCACCCUUGACUUUGAUAUUAUAUAGAUAAUAUCAGUAAGAGAAGUCCAUAUGUGAAAGAAAUGUUUGUGAAUUUCCUCAUAGAUAGCUCUUACAUGGUUUCCCAUGCAAGACAGAUUUCUCCGGUGUGAGAAAUCCAUGUAGAGUUCUUAUUCACAUAUUCACCAGUGUUAUACCGACAAUACAGAUUUCUCAUAUUCACCAGUGUUAUACGACAAUACAGAUUUCUCACAUUCACCAGUGUUAUACCGACAAUACAGAUUCUCACAUUCACCAGUGUUAUACCGACAAUACAGAUUCUCAUAUUCACCAGUGUUAUACGACAAUACAGAUUUCUCAUAUUCACCAGUGUUAUACCGACAAUACAGAUUCUCACAUUCACCAGUGUUAUACGACAAUACAGAUUUCUCACAUUCACCAGUGUUAUACGACAAUACAGAUUUCUCACAUUCACCAGUGUUAUACUGACAAUACAGAUUCUCAUAUUCACCAGUGUUAUACAACAAUACAGAUUCACAUAUUCACCAGUGUUAUACCGACAAUACAGAUUCACAUAUUCACCAGUGUUAUACGACAAUACAGAUUUCUCACAUUCACCAGUGUUAUACUGACAAUACAGAUUCUCACAUUCACCAGUGUUAUACCGACAAUACAGAUUCUCACAUUCACCAGUGUUAUACUGACAAUACAGAUUCUCAUAUUCACCAGUGUUAUACCGACACUACGCACGUGGUAUUUGUCUGUCUUGCACUGAUUUGGUCUCGUUGAUUUUAUAUAUGUUAUUUUUUCUAUGAUUUACGUUCAUGAAGUAAAGAAUUUGGUAUUGUAUUCUUUAAAUUUGCGAUUUGUUGUAGUUUUGCGGGAGAAAGCUUGCGUUUUUAAGCUUACUCAAAAAUGUGUAAAGCAUUUUCUGGUAUGCUCUUUAUAUAUGGAAGGUGAACAUAACGAACAGUGAUCAAUCUCAUAUCUCCUGUAAGCAAUACAAAAUAGAUGGUUGGGCAAACACGGACCCCUGGACACACAAGAGAUAGGAUCAAGUGCCUAGGCGGAGUAAGCAUACCCUGUCGACCGGUCACACCCGCCGUGAACCCUAUAUCUCGGGGCCAUUAUUUCGUCUCCAAUUCCGUCGAGGUUUUAAUAUUUAGUAUGCCCAACGAGAUCACGUUUGAAUCGCCUUUAGCCAUCACUAAUUUGCAUACAUUUGUCCAAGAGACGCAUAAUUUUCGUAAGUUCAUUUUCUGAAGAGUUCCAAAAAUUUAUAGUUCUGAUAUCCCGUAUUAGUUUUCGAAUUUAAGUACAAAUGAGUUUUUUUUUUUUUUUUUUUUUUUUUUUUAAAUUUCUUUUAAAUGUUUUCACACCUUCUGAAUUAAUGCACUAAACUAUGAAAGGUGAAGAUAACGAACAUUGAUCAAUCUCAUAAAUCCUACAAGGAAUGCAAAAUAAGAUGGGCUAAUGCGGAGCUCUGGACAUACCAGAGGUGGGAUCAAGAGUCUAGGAGGAGUAAGCAUCCCCUGUCGACCGGUCAUAUCUGCCAUGUAUGUCUUGAUCAGGUAAACGGAGUAAUCCGUAGUCAAAAUCUGUUUAACAGGACCGAAACUAUUUUCUCUCUCUAAAUUUACAGCGUAGCACUGUUUUGGGCCUUUUAUGGAAUAGAAAGUCAACGUGUGCAAUAAGAUAUUUCGGUCUAAUACAUAGAUUUUUUUCUCGUUGUCAAUUAUCGUCUACUUGUACGCAAUUCACUGUUGUAAAACAUCCUUCUUUGUAUGGUGGUAGAAUAAUAAGUUAAACCAAAGAUAUUAUAUUCGAAUCACUAAGUAAACACUAUCCUGUUCAAUUUGAAAUACAUUUCUCACUGGGGAAAGGGGGGUGCUUGAUCCGCCUUUCAACAAAACAACAUACGUCAUAUUUGUUUCAGAUGACGUCAGUUACAUUGACAUGCGGAUCGCAAUUUGUCACUUGUUUGUAUAUUUCUUUGUGUCGAAUUUAAUAUUAGCGACAACGUUGCAUGCAAGGGUAAGUUUUCAUGUAGAAAUUUUCAUUAAGCUAAAAGCCGCAAAUUUAACGAACUUCAACUUCAAUAAAUACGUUUACAAUAUUUUGAUAAAUAGGCUCCGUAGAACUAAAAUGGCUGCCUUCCCAGCUAAAUGCUUUGUCAUGGUUGCUAAGUUAAUCAUUGUGCCGCUCAGUUGACUUGUAUUUUUCAAAAUUUAUGUACAUUUGAAUAAACGAAGGUUAGUA